AUGAACCUCCCCACGGUGCAGGCCCCUAUUCAUAAAAGACCACUGCUACUCUAUUUAGCCACCAACUCGUAUGCCAUCGGUGGACUAAUCGCUCAAGAAGAUGGAGGUGGUGUCGAGCAGCCAAUAUACUACAUCAGCCACGCCUUAAAAGAUGCAGAAACUCGUUACCUAAGGGCAGAGAGAGCAUACCUGACCAUUGUAUACGCUUCGCAGAGGUUGUGUCACUAUUUCUUGGCCUACGAAGUAUGGCUGUUGACUAAGUCCCAUGCCAUUAAAGCUCUGUUACAACAGCCGAUCCUCUCCGGAGAGGAAGAAUUCUCACUGGAUGAUGAAGUUCCAGGGGAAGUAGCCAUGGCAGAAGAAGUCAGAGAACAGUGGGUAAUGAAAUUCGAUUGGUCUUCUACUAUCCAUUCCGGAGGGGUAUAA